AUGAUUCCUCGAAACCUCAUCUCAGGACUCUAUCUUUUGCCGUUCGUCGUUGCAGAGCUAAAUAUCUACGGGUAUUUGGAUCUCAAGACUCUUGCAGAUGGAUUUCAUACGACUACGGCUUGCAUCGCCGCCUUAAACCAAACUGUUGAUUGCGACGCCAGGACUGCAGUUGUUGCAGCUGUUGCUGAUACCUACUACUGGACAUUAGACAAUGUGACCACUCUAUGCACUUCCCAAUGCCAACAAUCACUCACCUCCUGGACCUCCGCCGUGGAUGCGGCGUGUGGGAAUCGCCCUAUUGUCGAAGAUGGAAUAGUGAAGCUUGCCUCAUCCACUCCCCUUACAUAUAAAGAGGGAUUCGAUUUGGUUUGCCUCAAAUCAGGAGACUCGUGGUGCAUGAUCGAGUCUCAGGAGUGGGAAGGAUCAGAUAUCCUCAAAUAUCCUACAGAUUACUGCUCCACUGGAGAUCCAGAGUAUGAUGGGCCAGAAUGUUUUGAGAAAGGGUUUGAUCAGUUAGCCAUUGAAGCAGGCGAUGAGCGCAUGACUUCUCUUUACGAAAAAGAUCUGCUGUGCAGUGAUUGUUUUCUGAAGGUUUUCCGCCAACGAUUGCUGUCACCGUUCCUUCUCAAGGGCGGAUAUACAUCAUACCUUGUCGAGCAAUUUCAGGAUAUGCAGUCGUAUUGUUCCACAAGCAUGCCCUAUGCUACAUCCACCAGUGAAGUCUUUAUGGGAACAGCCACACAGACAAUGCCAACAGGAUCCCCCCCGCCAACGACUACUUGCGGUGGACCCACCAUUCAGCCCACAGAUCCGCCUCUGUCAUGUGAGGCUAUCACUGAUAAAUAUAAUUCCCACUUGGAUCUACAUGGUGAGUUCAGUCUUGCUUCCAAGCCCAGAUUUUUGAAGGCUAACGCCAUUGAUCUAUAG